AUGAAGUUUCAAAGGAGUCUUGUGGCCGGUGGGAUCGGACUUGCAGUCGUCCAGGCGGCGAGCUUGAAGGAUGUUUGUACCACUGCAUACGCUAAGAAGGCACUACCUGCCUCGGACAAGUUCCAAGGUUUGACUUUGCACCCUGCCUCCAUUACUGCCAAUGCAGUCUACAAUGCGUCGACCACCGAUGAAGACGACUGGCCCGAUGUAUAUGGAUAUGACUAUUGUAAUGUCACCAUGGCCUACUCUCACAACGGCAUCGCAGAUGAUGAGGUACUGCUAGAGUUCUGGCUCCCAGCACCUGAGAAGUUUCAAAACCGCUGGCUCUCCACUGGUGGUUUCGGUUAUGCGAUCAACGGUGAUGAGGGUGACCUUCCUGGUGGUGUCAUAUAUGGCGCCGUAUCUGGCCAGACUGAUGGUGGAUAUGGUGGCUUCAGCACCGAGCUCGACGCCGUCUUCCUGCUGGCCAAUGGAACUAUCAACCGGCAGGCUCUCUACAUGCAGGGCUACCAGGCUCAUUACGAAAUGAGCAUAAUCGGCAAAGCGUUCAGCAAGAAUUUCUACGACAUGGGCUCGGAGAAGCUAUACGCCUACUACCAGGGCUGCUCUGAGGGCGGUCGUGAAGGCUGGAGCCAGGUCCAGCGGUUCCCUGAUGAAUGGGAUGGAGCUGUCAUCGGUGCUCCUGCUAUUCGUAUGGGUCAACAACAGGUGAACCACCUGUACGGUAACCUGGUUGAGCACACCAUGGGCUACUACCCUCCUCCAUGUGAGUUGGAGAUGAUCAACAACCUCACCAUCAAGGCUUGCGAUGCUCUUGACGGCAAAGUGGACGGUGUUGUCGGCCGCACAGAUCUCUGCAAGCUGCAUUUCAAUAUCAACUCCACUAUUGGCCACCACUACCACUGCGCCGCCUCUUCUACCACGACCGUCCUGAAGCGUGGCCUCGAUAAGCGUACCUCGGAGACCAGCACCACCCCCGCUCAGAACGGAACCGUGACGGCCGAAGGUGUCGCCGUGGCUGCUAAGAUCCUCGACGGUCUCCACACCCUCGAUGGCAAGCGUGCCUACAUCUGGUACCAGCCCACUGCUACUUUUGGUGAUGCCGACACCGAGUACAACUCCGAGACUGGCAAGUGGGAGCUAGACAUCACCUCACUGGGUGGUGAAUGGGUUGCCCGAUUCCUCGAGCUCCGCGACGCAGACAACAUCGACUCCCUGGACAACGUCACCUACGAUACCAUGACCGAGUGGAUGGUUGAGGGCUGGAAGCGCUACGAAGAUGUCCUGCAGACAACCUGGCCCGAUCUGACUCCGUUCCAGGAAGCGGGUGGAAAAAUCAUUCACUUCCACGGCGAGUCAGACCCUAGUAUCCCGACUGGUUCCUCCGUGCACUACCACGAGAUGGUGCGCAAGGUCAUGUACGGCAAUCUUUCAUUUGAGGAGGGAACCAAGGCAUUGAAUGAUUGGAACCGUCUGUACCUGAUCCCAGGUGCUGCACACUGCGCUCCUAGUGAUGACCAGCCCAAUGGUCCUUUCCCUCGUACUACACUUGAGACUUUGAUUGAGUGGGUUGAGAAUGGGGACAAACCGGAUCGUCUGAAUGCAACUAUCAUGUCCGGUGCUCAUGAGGGCGAGCAGCAAGAUCUGUGUGCUUGGCCUUUGCGUCCUCUUUGGAAGAACAAUGGUACUACUUUGGACUGUGUGUUCGACAAGAAGUCGUACGACACUUGGACGUAUGACUUUGAUGCCUAUGAUGUGCCUCUUUACUAG